AUGUCGCCUUUUGGUCCUUCCACCGCGCCGAUCUGCCAUGGGGAUGUUCUGGGCUCGCACGAGCCUGCGCCGUGGCGAGCUCCCGGUUCGAGCAUAGGAGAGAGUAGUAUACGCUCGUCAAUCGACACAUACGAGCAAUGCUAUGCUACCCUUGCCGCCGAACUGAAUCGGUCCGCCGUCGCUUUGGGUAGGCUGGCGCCGGUGGUUGAUGCUCUCGUUACGAGUCUCCCAGGACCGUUCUCGGCGAUACCGGCUCUGGAGCAGAGCCUCCAACGCACUCGCUCCGACAACGCCUAUCUGCUCGACUUUGUCCGUAGGCAGCGCCAGACGAUCGAGACCCAGAGCCAGGAGGUCGCCAUCUUGUCGCAGGAAGUAGCCAAGUUGCGGAAUCGGCGUGUCCAACAGGCAAGCAGGGAGGCCGACGCUAUGCACAGUCUCAACCCGAGCGAAUCCGAGAUAGAGUAG